AAAAUUUCUAACACACUUGCUUAAAUAAAAGAUUCUCUUCCCGCGAGCCAUUCCAUUGCAGGCAAGUUGUCUGAUGUCGUUGAGAUGCUUGGUACUGAUGAUCGAGGCAUUGACGGCCAAGAUGAAGAAGUAGACUGCAACAAUGAGCAAAAGGCUGCUAAUGCUGCUCUUGUUGUGCCUGCUGAUAUUAAAUCAGUAGCGAAAAUAUGCGAGGACCACAAGCCUUUUCCUAUCAAGGCUUUCCGCAAGAGGUUCGGUGCCUUUUUCAAGAAUGUAAAGAAAGCCUUGAAGAAGCAGCCAAAAAAGAAGGGCAUGAAAGGUAUUGCUUGGGGCGAAAAGCCUGAUGUUCUCCCUGUAGUAAGUUUUUUUUUUUUUUCAAGUUUUUCAAUUAUUGCAAUCCAGUGCUCACAUCAUUCAAAGGUCCCAAUCCAACAAACUUGCAAGAACAAUGAGCAAAGUCUGAGCUCGAAGGCAUUCUUGUAUGAGGGGUGCCUUGGCCUGAUUGGUUCAAGAAUCUUUGUAGCUAACAGGCAACAAAUCUUUGGUAUUAGCAUCGAUGAGCAAAUUUGGGUAAAUAACAUCGAAAAGGCGGCAGAUGAUCAGGAAGGUAG